CAAUUAACGAAAAUUCCGUAGACGCCAUCAUAAUAUACUUAUCUCCGUACGACUGUUUGGACCGAAGACGGGUUAUCUGAUAUAUACAAGCUAUAGCCAUCUAAUGUCUAUAGCUUGAAGAAAUCAAAGAUCAUCACAAAUUCGUGCAAACAAAGAGUGUAAUAUCUAGUUGAUUUCAGUUGUUGGCUGCAUGUGGUAUAAUUUAUGGCAAUACCCGAGGGAAAAGUUUCAUAUUCUUCACUUUCUAAUAUAGAUAAGGAGAACAGCAAAUUCCACUAUAUUGACGACUACAGUGAUUCUGUCUGGGCCAUGCCAGAAGGUCGGACUCCCUACCCCUCGGCCUCGCGAGAAGAUUAUACAUAUGAUUUUCCCCUAGAAUCUGAAGACUUUGUUGAUGGAGAAUAUGAUUCUGGUGAAGAUCAUUCUAGUUCUAGGCAGCGGAAUAUAUCUCCAGAGGUGAACCUGAAAAAUGUAUUGAGUGGUUUAGUUGCAAUUGUCACUGGACGUAAUAAAGAUUCAAGUUUAAGUGGAGGUCAGCACUUUUCCAGUUCAGAUGUUUCGUUUCUUGGCUCUGCCAAGAAUGGAGAUACUGUCUUGCACUCUUCGGUCUACAUACCAAGUGCUCCCCCACUUUUUGAACUAAAUGGGAUUAACUAUAGUGCUUGCAAAGAAGUGUUGGAAGCUGAUCCUCCAGAGUGGCUUCCAGACAGUUCCACUACAGUUUGCAUGCAGUGCACUGCUCCUUUCACUGCCCUUACUCGUGGGAGACAUCAUUGUCGGUUUUGUGGAGGAAUCUUUUGUAGGGCGUGCUCGAAGGGAAGGUGCUUGCUACCUAUUAAGUUCAGGGAGAGGAAUCCGCAGAGGGUGUGCGACACUUGUUAUGAUAGACUCGACCCAUUACAAGGUGUACUUAUCAAUACCAUCAGCAAUUCUGUGCAGGCUGCAAAGCAUGAUGUGAUGGAUUGGACAUGCAUGAGAGGGUGGCUGAAUCUUCCAGUGGGUUUGUCAAUGGAACAUGAGAUAUAUAAAUCAUCUAAUACACUGAGGAGUUACUGUCAGGUUGCCAGGUUGAAUCCUGAGAAGUCUAUACCUGCAGCAGUUUUGAAAGGAGCAAAAGGUUUAGCAAUUUUAACAGUUGCUAAAGCUGGGAUGUUAGUUGCAUACAAGAUUGGCACUGGUUUGGUAGUUGCUCGAAGGUCAGAUGGAUCAUGGUCUGCACCAUCUGCUAUAGUUUCUGUUGGUUUGGGAUGGGGUGCGCAGGUUGGCGGUGAGCUCAUGGACUUCAUAAUUGUGCUCCACGAUUCUAAAGCUGUGAAAACAUUUUGUAGUCGCAUGCAUUUUUCUCUUGGGGCUGGUUGCAGUGCUGCUGCAGGACCUGUUGGGAGAGUGUUGGAAGCAGAUCUUCGAGCUGGAGAGAAAGGUUCCGGCAUGUGCUAUACUUACAGUUGUAGCAAAGGUGCAUUUUUGGGAGUCUCUCUGGAAGGGAACAUUGUUGCAACAAGGAUGGACACUAAUCUACGCUUCUAUGGCGAUCCUUAUCUGACCACGGCGGACAUCCUUAUUGGGACCGUAGACAGGCCAAACGCUGCUGAGCCUUUGUAUGUUGCCCUUCAUGAACUGUAUUCCAAACUUCAGUAUUAGUUCCCUCUUCACGUCAAUAUGCAACACUGGUGAAGUCACUCCCUUUCUAUAUGAAUCUCUGAAUUCUCUAGAUGGUGUAAAUAUCCCAGUUGGUACAGAAUCUCAAUCGUGGAUUUACAAUUGUACAAUACAUUAUUCAAGGUGUUUGAAACCACAUGGCUUUGCACUUGGACAACGAAGUCCAUUCUUAAAGUUAUUGCCCGCCAGUCUAUUCUAAAAUGGAUUCGCCCAGUGGGACUUGCUACAUGUUUAUAACUUUAUACAUAAUAGGACUUUGGUUGUGAUAUUUAUCAAUAUUAAUGUGUAUAUUUUCAUUAA